UCAGUUUUUUUAUUUUCUUUAAUAAAUCACGUUGGUCUUUUAGUAAAUUCGAGAGUGAAGAGCUGUCACGGCACCACCUGAUCAUUGAAUUUUUUUUUUUAUUGUCCACCUUGAGAGCACCUAAUUGUAACAAUGGCCAACAAACCUCAGCCCAUUGCGGUAGAAACACCGGACGAAGAUCAAACUAGUUACGAGCAAAAGAAUGUACACGAAGUAUACGAAGUGAUCGCCACCCACUUCAGUGAUACUAGAUACAAGCCUUGGCCUGUUGUUGAAGAUUUUUUAAACAGUUUAAAACCAGGAAGUCUCGGUGCUGAUGUUGGUUGUGGUAAUGGUAAAUAUAUCGGAGUGAAUCCUAAUGUUAUGAUUCUUGGAUCCGACAGGAGUUCAAACUUGAUCAAAAUCGUUCAUGAUCGCGGAUUUGAAGGAAUGGUUGCUGAUGGACUCAACUUGCCAUAUAGAGAUAAUUCCUUUGAUUUUGCCAUUUCGAUUGCAGUCAUUCACCACUUUGCCAGUCCCGAAAGAAGAUUACAAGCUAUCAAAGAUUUAUUCAAGAUCGUCAAAUCCGGAGGAAAGGUUUUAGUGUUUGUUUGGGCACUAGAACAAACAAAGUUUAGCAAACGUAAUUUUGAACCUGGGCAGCAGGACGUAUUUGUUCCUUGGAAAUUAACACCAAAGAAGGGUCAAACACCUGAAGUCAAAGAAAAAGAAGAAGAUUAUCCUGUUUACAAUAGAUAUUAUCACUUAUUUAAAAAGGGAGAAUUAGACGACUUAUUUCAAAAAAUCGAAGGUGUUGUUAUUGAGACAUCUGGAUAUGAUCGUGACAACCAUUAUGUGAUUGCUCAUAAGAAAUAA